GAUUUCGAAAUCGAUCAACUUUAUUUGAAAGUGAUUUUUGAGAAAAAGUUGAAAUUCGUCUAAUAUGAAGCAUUUGUGGUUGACAGCCAUGUGGUUUCGAAUGCAUUUGAUAGUUUUUGGGUGAUUGUGAAUGAAAAAAACUUAAAAUUAAAGAAUUCGAAGAAAACGGAAAUUACCGAAGGAUACACAAAUCAACUCGAUGAAAUAAAAUCAAUCAAAAGCCAGACCAAAUUCCGAUCAGAAUCAAAUUAGUAAUAAAAACGAAAUUAAUUACUUAAAAGCGAAAAAUAAAAAUAAAAAUGAAAACUAAAGAAAAAACGAAAUUCGCCGAUGAACAAACGAACAAUGAAAAAGAUAAUGAAAUGUCAUCGAUUGACAAAGAGGUGCCAUUGCCAUCGCAGCCGCAUCAGGGAAAUUCACGUUUGGCUGGUCUUGCGAGUCGUGUAAUGAAAAUGAAAAUGAAACGUCGCCAUUCUCGAUAUGAACGACCUAUUUAUGCGUUUUGGGAGCUCUUUUCGGAUUACAGUGAAUUUAGUACCAUUCACGGUGUCCGAUAUAUGGGCGAAAAGAAGCGCCACAUCACGGAGCGGCUGUGGUGGCUUUUUGUGGUAUUAUGUUCAAUAGUUGUGUGUUGUAUUCUUGUUUAUCAAACGUGGUUGAAGUGGCAAAACACUCCUGUUAUCGUGACAUUUAGUGAAGAAUCGACACCAGUUUACGAAAUCCCCUUCCCAACAGUAACAAUAUGUACGGAUAUAAAAAUGAAACAAACGAAAUUGAAUUUCACCGAUGUGUGGCACAAACUCAAUAAGGAUGGCUACAAAAAUGCGACCAUAAAAUCGGAAGAUUUACAAAUGAUACAUUCAUUGAGCCCGAUAUGUCAGCACAUGCCAGCACAUUUUGAGGAAUAUAUUAAACUUAGCGGCCUAAUUAACGAAACGGAUUCCGAUGCACGAUUUUUUACGAAUGCCAAACAAGUUGCGCCAUCGUUGAAUGAAAUAUUGUUUCGGUGUACAUGGCACCGCCAAGAUGUAAACUGCUCCGAUAUCUUCAAUGAAGUUUUAACCGAUGAAGGGAUUUGCUUCGCUUUUAACUAUCACAAUGCAUCCGAAAUAUACAAUGAACAUAUGCUCGACAAAAGCUACCAUGUCACGCGACACAAUAAAAAAUCGGGCUAUUGGAAUGGCUUAAAGGUGCCGAAUAUGACCGAAUCCGAUAUUUAUCCGUAUCGUGUGUUAAGCGGUAGCGAAGGUCUUCGCGUUGAUUUACGUUUGUUUGAGUUUGAUAUCGACUACGUGUGCAGUGGGCCGGUACAAAGUUUCAAAAUCCUACUGCAUUCAGCGGAUGAAGUGCCACAAAUGAAGAAAUACUAUUAUCGAAUUCCGUUGGACCAUGAUACCGUUAUGGCCGUUCGACCAAAUAUUAUGAACACCACCGAACGACUGAUUGAAAACUACAAUCACAAAGAACGUAAAUGCAUUGUUGGAGGCGUUGAAAAGCAGCUAAUCUUCUUUAAAAAAUACACCCAAAGAAAUUGCCAAUUGGAUAAUUUAGCGUUUCGAACAACAGCUAAAUGUAAAUGUGUUACAUUUGCGAUGCCUCGACUGCCGAACAUCCCGAUUUGUCGGAAACCGUCCCAAUUGCAAUGCGUCAAAACGGUGGAAAACUCACUGAUGCAACAGAUUUUGAAUAAAACGGCCAUUAGCUACAAUUGUCUUCCCGCUUGCCGUUCAGUUUCCUACGAUGCCGAAAUCUCAAUGGCUCGACUCGAUCGAUACAAUCAUCAACGGGCAAUGGGACAAGGCGGAAAAUUACAACGAAAGAGACGUUACACUCGCGUUUUUAUAUCGUUCAAAGACGAGCAAUUCUUUUCAAGUCGUCGCGCUGAAGUCUACACAACGAUCGAUUUCAUUGCCAAUUGUGGAGGUAUUUUGGGUUUAUUCAUGGGAAUUUCCAUUCUUAGUAUUGUUGAAAUUGUGUAUUUCUCAACACUUCGUCUCGGAUGCAGUCUUCGCAAGAGAAGACAAAACAAACAACGACGCUUGCAACAGUUAAAAAUACUCGACGAAAUGAAUGCCGGCGAACAAAACGAACAAAACGAACAAAAUAACCAUAGCGACUAUGAUAAUUUACCAGAAAUGACCUACUGAACACGCACACUACCAUUCCCUUCACCAUAAUUUUUUGAUUUAUUGUUAAAAAAAAAUUUCAACGAAAUAUACAAGUUAUUACCUUUCCAUUUAUGUACGAGCAUA